CCUCAACCAGCAGUCAGCCUGCCGGAGACAGAGCCUCCACGACUCCCAGCUUCCUCCUCGCCGCCGCCGCCGUCGCCGCCGCCUCCUUUUCUCCUCCUCCUCUUCUUCCUCCUCCUCCCUCGCUCCCACAGCCAUGUCUGCUUAGACCAGAGCCGCCCCACAGCCAACUCGGGCAGCCGCCGCCGCCGCCACAGUAGCAGGAUCAGCCGCCGCCGCCUGGGAGCGAUGACAGGAGUGUUUGACAGAAGGGUCCCCAGCAUCCGAUCCGGCGACUUCCAAGCUCCUUUCCAGACGUCCUCAGCCAUGCACCACCCGUCUCAGGAAUCUCCAACUUUACCAGAGUCGUCGGCCACCGAUUCCGACUACUACAGCCCCGCGGGGGGAGCCCCGCACGGCUACUGCUCUCCUACCUCGGCUUCCUACGGCAAAGCCCUCAACCCCUACCAGUACCAGUACCACGGCGUGAACGGCUCCGCCGGCAGCUACCCCGCCAAAGCUUACGCCGACUACAGCUACGCCAGCCCCUACCACCAGUACGGCGGCGCCUACAACCGCGUCCCCAGCGCCUCCACUCAGCCAGAAAAAGAAGUGGCAGAGCCCGAGGUGAGGAUGGUGAAUGGCAAACCAAAGAAAGUUCGGAAACCCAGGACUAUUUAUUCCAGCUUUCAGCUGGCCGCGUUACAGAGGAGGUUUCAGAAGACUCAGUACCUCGCCCUGCCCGAACGCGCCGAGCUGGCUGCCUCGCUGGGAUUGACGCAAACACAGGUGAAAAUUUGGUUUCAGAACAAAAGAUCCAAGAUCAAGAAGAUCAUGAAAAACGGGGAGAUGCCCCCGGAGCACAGCCCCAGCUCCAGCGACCCUAUGGCGUGUAACUCCCCUCAGUCUCCGGCGGUGUGGGAGCCCCAAGGCUCGUCCCGCUCGCUGAGCCACCACCCUCAUGCCCACCCUCCGACCUCCAAUCAGUCCCCCGCGUCCAGCUACCUGGAGAACUCGGCUUCCUGGUACCCCAGCGCAGCCAGCUCGAUCAAUUCUCACCUGCCGCCGCCUGGCUCCUUACAGCACCCGCUGGCUUUGGCCUCCGGGACCCUCUAUUAGAUGGGCCGCUUUCUUGCUCUUUUAUGGGACUACUGUGUUUUGCUGUUUUAGAAAAUCAUAAAGAAAAGAAUUCUUAUGGGGAAGUUUGGAAAAUGGAACCGAGAGUCAUGUGUAAAGCUUUUUUUUGCAUGUAAGUUAUUGCAUUUCAAAGGACCCCCACCCUCCCUUUUUUUUUACAGACGAACUUUUUUUUUUUUGUGCGCAACUGUGGACACUAUCAAUGGUGCCUUGAAAUCUAUGACCUCAACUUUUCAAAAGACUUUUUUCAAUGUUAUUUUAACCAUGUAAAUAAGUGUAGAUAGAGGAAUUAAACUGUAUAUUCUGGAUAAAUAAAAUUAUUUCGACCAUGAAAGCAAAAGAGUUCUAAAAAAGAUACUCCUUUGCCUCACUUCUAAUGAGCUAGUGAAGUUUUACAUAGGCAUUAAAAAGAAGACAAGCUGUGCAAUGGUCAACAAGGCAAAAAGGAAACAAAUUGGUGGCUGCAUGGUUGAGAACUGUACAUGUGUAUAUGUUGGAUGCUGUACUAAUAUGCCUUUAUACAUGUGGCCUGUUUAUAGUGUUGCUGUAUAAUAUAUAGGUGAGUUUUUUUUUGUCUAACUACCAAGAAAAAGUUUAAAUAAUUUUAAGUUUAACCCCAAGUUGUCUCAGGUAGAAGGUAAUGUUGGAAUCCAAAUACAACCCUUCCAGCCUGUGUAUCAAAAGCAACAGAAAUCCCUCAAAAACUCCUCUGAAUUCUAAACUCAAUGC